GUGCCAGUCCCACCCUGCUUAAAAGUCAGUGGAAAUUUACUGGCUUUCUACUUCACAACUGCCUCAGCAGACAGCACCGACGAAGCGGACGGAAGCAGAAACUAACGGCUCGAAACAAUCUUUAAAAAUAACUUCAAGACAAUCUUUUGGACUCUGUUCAUACAUUUGACUGAAGGAUACUUGGAUCUACAACACUUAAUUUCUACAUCUUCUUCACUUCACUUAUUUCGAAGUCAUCAUGUCUCAGCAGCAGAUCAGCCUUCCCGCCAAACUCAUUAAUGGAGGUAUUGCUGGCAUCGUUGGGGUUACUUGUGUGUUCCCCAUUGACUUGGCAAAGACCAGGUUGCAGAAUCAGAGACGAGGUCAGCAGGUCUACAAGAGCAUGAUGGACUGCCUUGUCAAGACAGUUCGAUCGGAAGGUUACUUUGGCAUGUACAGAGGUGCUGCUGUAAAUCUGACACUGGUUACCCCAGAGAAGGCAAUCAAGCUGGCUGCUAAUGACUUCUUUCGACAUCACCUUGCUAAAGAUGGAAAGGGGCUGACAGUGUUCAAAGAGAUGCUGGCAGGUUGUGGUGCAGGAAUGUGUCAGGUUAUUGUCACAACCCCCAUGGAAAUGCUCAAAAUACAGCUACAGGAUGCAGGAAGACUCGCGGCCCAGCAGCAAAAACCAGUCAUGAUGUCUCCCACAAAGCUUGUGGCCACUAACACCUUCCUCAGCCGCUCGUACAACUCUGGCAUGGUGGUCUCAGCACCACGAGCUGUGUCUGCCACACAGAUCGCAAAGGAACUGCUUCAAACCCAGGGCAUCCAGGGGCUUUACAAAGGUCUAGGGGCAACACUGAUGAGGGAUGUUCCCUUUUCUAUUGUCUACUUCCCACUGUUUGCCAACCUGAACCAUCUGGGCAAACCCAGUCCUGAGGAGUCGUCGCCCUUCUAUUGGGCUUUCCUCUCAGGCUGUUUAGCAGGAUCUACUGCUGCAGUGGCUGUUAAUCCCUGUGAUGUGGUGAAAACGAGACUGCAGUCACUGAACAAAGGAUCCAGUGAGGAGACCUACAAUGGUGUUGUGGAUUGUGUGAGUAAAAUCAUGCGGAAGGAGGGACCCUCUGCCUUCCUGAAAGGCGCAGGCUGCCGGGCUCUGGUCAUUGCUCCUCUGUUUGGCAUUGCACAGGUUAUGUACUUUGUUGGUGUUGGAGAAUAUAUCCUGGACAACUCACCACUGAGCCUCUUGUCGGCAUGAGACCAUAUCAGUUUGCUGGCUAUGCAUAAGACCUUCUGAGUAUAAAUGAUGGAACAACUGGCAGCUACUUAUCACCAGUUUACAGCAAAAAAAUAAAAAAUACUCAAGGCUUGUUUGACAACGUCAGAGAGCUUCAGGGUGUAAAGGACCUACAGUUUCAUCUUCUGUACGGUCUGACAGCUGUGUUGCACUUAAACACUUUUAUGACUUAUUCAGUAGGCUGUGGCCAAUGUUUGCUCAAGCUGUUAGCCUUACUGCGUUGAGGGACUCCGAUUUGCAGUGUUACUUUUUGUCCUGAGACGGCCCUGUUUUGUUUUCCUCUGUGAGGGAGGGGAGCUCACUCCAUCGAGACCGAUUUGUUCUUGUGUUUUCUUUCGUGCUAUCACUUUUAAUAUUAUUUUCUAUGUGUGAGCUACAGUUUUAUUUUGAAUUGCUGAAUGCUAUAGCUUGCAGUACUUACUGUUUAUAUGUUUUUCUUCCUUUCCCAUUGCUGUCUGUCAUGUCAUGUUACACAGCCUUCAGUUCAGUUUGAACAAAGGCUUUAAAUGGGAGAUACAGUGGGGCCCAAUUUACACAAUUUAUUUCAAAGGGAUCUUUUUUAUUUCGUUUUUUUUUACAUACAUUUUCAGUUCAACUGUGAUGUACAUGUUUGAUUUGAUUGAUCGUGACCCUUCUUACUGACAUGGGACCAUACGGUUUGCCAAACCACUAACAGCGUCCUGUUACAUACUUGAUAUUAGCUCUACUGUUGGUUAGUAAUCUGUGAACCACAGUCUUUGUAUCUUAAUCAUAAUUUAUGCAGAAACUUGAGAUGCAUUCAUGCACAUUAUAUAUGUAUGUGUUUGUACACGUAACUAACCUCAGUUCAGAGAUUUACAUAUGCAUACCAACAAUUUCACUUCAGUUCAUUUUUGGUUUAUGCCUUAACAGAGCAGAUCAGCAUGUCUCUCUGAAGAGACAAUGCUCUUGGCCAAAAAAGCAUUAUUACCAUUACUGUGAUCAUGUGAACAAUGACUGUUCACAUACCAUACUUUGUUUGAUGCUUUUUGUACAUAUUGUACAUAUGUAUAUAUGAAAUAUAUGCCUAAAAAACUUCAA